AUUGUCAUUUGUGAUUAAUUUAUUAUUACUUUUUUCUCUCUCAAUUAAUUAGUUAACUACUGAUACCUGUUAGAGUUGUUACCUGUUAGUGUUGUUGUACCAGUAAUAACAGUAAAUCAUCUUGAAAAUAAUAAACAUAUAAGAGUGGGAGAUGCCACUGGAGCAAAGAGUGAUCAAGCCAAUUUUAAUUAGUCGUUCAUCAUUACCCUUAGACAGUCAGGGUAAUCCGAUAUCAAUACCCAAUGAAUUGGAAUGUGUUACCAAUGGAACCCUUGCCAAUAUUAUUCGUCAACUGUCAAGUCUUUCCAAAUAUGCUGAAGAUCUUUUCGCUGGUAUCCUUCAUGAAGCUACUCUUCUGAUAGCCAGAUCAACAUCACUUCAGGGUAGAAUUGACAGACUUGCUGUUAGAGUAACUCAAUUGGAUUCUUCCGUUGAAGAAGUAUCACUUAAAGAAAUUCAAUUAAGGAAACCAUUCAGAUCAUGUGCCAGCUAUGAUCAGCAAGUUGUCGCUCGUACCACUAUGCCUGAAUCAAUUAAAGAGAUUUACAUGUCCUGUGAUCGGCCGCCGCCUCUUGAAAAGCUUAACGCCUACCGUGAUGAUGGUAAAGAUGGACUCAAAUUUUAUACUGAUCCUAAUUAUUUCUUUGAAUUAUGGAGUAGAGAGAUGCUUGAAGCUACAGAAAGAGAGAAAAGUGGUAAAAAGAAUGCUCAUCGUGGACCCAAUAAAGGCCAAGGAGAUUUAGGACCUAAUGAAAGACGUCGAGGUAAACCAAGGCAACCUCAGAAUACCGCAAGAGAUAUUAUGGCCAAAAUUCCAGCAACUGAAUUCAUUGAUUCAACUAGAUUACAGCAACAACAAAAUCUUCACCAACAACAAAUCUACCAACAGCCCAAUGGCUCUAUGCAAGGUGUUGGUCAUUAUGGUCAACCUCAACAUUAUUCACAAACCCUUGAAAGACCAAGAUCAUUGGGUAUUAAUCAAUAUCAAAUAGAUGGUUUUCAUAAUAUGGAUCCAAUGACUAUACCACAAGCAAUUCCAAAUCAUCCACCACCAGCUUAUUAUCCUCCUGGUAGUAUUAUGAAUCAGAAUCCUUAUCAUACGGGAAAUCAAGGAGCAAUUAAUGAGAUAACAUCUACAGGUAGUCAUACACCACCACCAUCUUACUUUGCUACUCCUGGAAGUGGAACCGGAGAUUCAAUGAUUUCUAUUAAUCAGAUGACAGGAGGUCAAUUAAAUCAAGGUACACCAACAAGAAGAAUUAAUUCCCAAGGAUCAUCGUCAGCAUCAAUCACAUCUCGCCCCUCACAACCUCCACCCGCACCUCCCAGUAAUCCACCUUCAUCGAAUAGUUCAUCUGGUGGAACAUCAGCAGUUGGAACACCAUCUCGAUCCCGAGGUCAAUCACUUACAAGAGAAAGUCUUCCACCUCCACCUCCUCCACCACCACCAAGCUCAGGAAUGAAUGGUGUGGUUAGAGGUGACAGUUUAGACAGCGAAUUGCCACUUCCUCCGCCAUCAGGAGCCAUAAUGAGUCCACCAAAAGCUUACAUUCCAAGCGAUAACUCUUUACCUAAUCAAUCAUCCUCAGUACCACCUCCUCCACCUCCGCCUCCACCCGAAGGACUUUUAGGCAAUCCACAGAUUAAAAAGGAUGGAUCUUCUGUAGAUAAUAGUAUGAAAAAUGGUUUAGGAUCAAGUCUAGCUCAAGAAAUACUUCAAAAACAAUCUCAAGUAAUGCAAUCUAAAACAAGCACCAUGAAAAAGGUUUUACCACAACAUCUACUACAAAAGGCCGAUACUCGAAGUGAUCUUUUAGCAGCCAUUAGGGAAGGUAUCAUAUUGAGAAAAGUGGAUGAAAAUAAGCAAAAACAAAUUGAGAAAUCAACUCCUCUUUUAGACGUAGCAUCAAUUCUGGCUCGUCGAAAAGCAAUGGAAUAUUCAGAUUCCGAGUCAGAAGCGGGUAACUCAGAUGAAAGUGGUUCCGAUAACUGGAAUGACGAUGAAAGUGAAUGUUAAUAGUAGUAAUUUAAUUGCAAAAAAAAUUUUCUUCCUAAUUCUUACCUUGAUUUUUCUUCUCUUUUCUAUUCUCUGUUUUUCCUUUUUAUUAUUAUUAUUAUUAUUAUUAUUUUGAUUCUCACCUUUCGAGCUAUUUAAAAAAUAUUCAUAAACUGAAAAGAAACAAAUUCUAAUUGUAAUAGAAUAUAUAAAUCACCUACAACUGUAUUCUAUGUUAAAACUGUGGUAAAUUUAAGAUAAUCAUUUUUCAUCUCUUCCUAUCGAUUAUCUUCCCAUCGCUCCAUCAUCAUCAUCAUCUUCAUCAUCAUCAUAAUCUUCAUGAAAGAAAACUAAAGACAAAAGAGAGAUGAUAAUUAUUUUUGUCUUUUAGUUUUUAUCUUUUAUGAUGUUUACCUGAUUUUCAAUUUCAUCGAUCACCAUCAUCGUCACAAUUAAUUGUAUCAAUGUCCAUGCAGAUAACAGUACAUGAUGAACUUUGAAUACUCUGAAACAGUAUUGUGGUCAAUUGUGUCCACUUUUUAUUUUGUUACCUAAUUUUUAAAACAAAAACAUAAUCAACACCAAUCAGCUGGAUGAAUUAACCAAGAAGUAAACAAAAGAUCAUCUCUCAAUGGUUGCAACAAUUAACAAUUGAAAGGCUUCACCAACUGAUAUACAGGAUUAGCAAUGGAAAAUGGUUCCUCUAAUUGUAAACAAAAGCUUUAAAUUGCGAAAGGAAAAUUGGAUUGUGUGUAAAUUGCGAUCACUAAUCAGUCAAAAUUAAUCAACAAAUCUCCCUCAAUAUACAUUAACACUUAUCGACAAAUUGUUACAAUAUAUCAACCGAUGUUUGGAUUCAUUUUGCAAUUUCCAUUCAAUCCAAUUAUUGAUAAACCAACUAUUAAUAUUUAUGAUCUGCAGUAGGAAUUAACUGUUGAUGAUUAAUUUCUCUCAGCCAAAUCAACCGAUUAACUAUUGAUUGUUUUUCCUUUGUAACUUUUUCCUUCUUCCUUAUGAUUUUUCUCCUCUUUCUCUCUCUCUCUCUCUACAUAUUUUAUUUUCUCUUUUAAAGGAGCCAAUUAAUCAUCAAUUUCAUCACCAUCAUCAUCAUCAUCAUCAUCUCACCUUUUCUCAUCCAAAAAUGUUGCCAUCAUGAUUUAAUUAUAUUAUUAAUAUUAACGAUAAUUCAUCUGAUCCUUACAAGUAGCGAAAAA